AUGGACUUUGGACUGGGAGGGGUUGUCCUUGUUGCUAUUUCACAAGGCGUCCUGUCCCAGGUGCAGCUGCAGGAGUCGGGACCCAGCCUGGUGAAGCCCUCACAGACCCUCUCCCUCACCUGCGCUGUCUCUGGAUUCUCACUAACCAGCUAUGGCUGGAUCCGCCAGGCUCCAGGGAAGGCGCUGGAGUGGGUUGGUGGAAUCAGUAGUGGUGGAAGCACAUGCUAUAACCCAGCCCUGAAAUCCCGGCUCAGCAUCACCAGGGACACCUCCAGGAGCCAAGUCUCUCUCUCACUAAGCAGCGUGACACCUGAGGACACAGCCGUGUAUUACUGUGCAAGAGACACAGUGAGGGGAAGUCAGAGUGAGCCCAGACACAAACCUCCCUGCAUGGGCGCCCCGGACCACCAGGGGGCGCGCGGGGCCCACCACGUUCAGGACUGCGCCCAGGAGCCUGUGCCCCGGGGGCGCCCGGAGGGAACUAGCGUCCUGUCCCAGGUGCAGCUGCAGGAGUCGGGACCCAGCCUGGUGAAGCCCUCACAGACCCUCUCCCUCACCUGCGCUGUCUCUGGAUUCUCACUAAGCAGCUAUGGUGUAGGCUGGGUCCGCCAGGCUCCAGGGAAGGCGCUGGAGUGGGUUGGUAUCAUAUAUAGUGGUGGAAGCACAUACUAUAACCCAGCCCUGAAAUCCCGGCUCAGCAUCACCAGGGACACCUCCAAGAGCCAAGUCUCCCUCUCACUGAGCAGCGUGACACCUGAGGACACGGCCGUGUAUUACUGUGCAAGAGACACAGUGAGGGCAAGCGUCCUGUCCCAGGUGCAGCUGCAGGAGUCGGGACCCAGCCUGGUGAAGGCCUCACAGACCCUCUCCCUCACCUGCGCUGUCUCUGGAUUCUCAGUAAGCAGCUAUGCUGUACACUGGGUCCGCCAGGCUCCAGGGAAGGCGCUGGAGUGGGUUGGUAUCAUAUAUAGUGGUGGAAGCACAGGCUAUAACCCAGCCCUGAAAUCCCGGCUCAGCAUCACCAGGGACACCUCCAGGAGCCAAGUCUCCCUCUCACUGAGCAGCGUGACACCUGAGGACACGGCCGUGUAUUACUGUGCAAGAGACACAGUGAGGGCAAGUCAGACUUUUGUUCAUUACUUAUUUUUAAAGCUUCAGGUGAUAAUAAAGCCACUGCCCCAAAGACUCUUAGGCAGUGGGGCCACCCGCGUGCAGCUGCAGGAGUCGGGACCCAGCCUGGUGAAGCCCUCACAGACCCUCUCCCUCACCUGCGCUGUCUCUGGAUUCUCACUAAGCAGCUAUGACACCUUCACAAACACCGCCUACGUGGAGCUGAGCAGUCUGAGGUCUGAGGACACGGCUGUUUACUACUGU